CAAUUGUUACCUAAAGAAUUAAAGUCAGUGAAAUGACUGGCUCACCUCUCACCUGGUUUGACACAGAUACAGUAAGCCAGGUGUAAUCUCCCUCCCUCUGGCUCUCUCCUCCUCCUGUGGUUCAGUAAAUGGAUUAACAGGGUUUGUGUGACAGCAGCACAGAGAGCAAGAGAGAAACAGCAAGAAAGAAAACGACCAAAAACAACAGCAACAACAAUAAAGGAGGAAAAGAGAAGCAUUGAAAGUGGAUGUGUGGAAGAGCUGGAGGUCAUUUUGGAAAACUGACUUCACUUUGUAUUUGUAUGGAUCUGUGGGGAGCAGAGAUCGACAGUCAAGACUGGAUUCUGUUGCUCAGAUAAUCCAUCCAUCACUCCUUCAUCCAUCCCUUCGUCUGUCCCUCCUCCUCUCAAACUGUGGAGCUGCCAACUGUCAAACUGCUCCUAAACUAACUGUGCUGUAACUCAUUUUAUUUCUUUAUUUUACUCUGGACUGCCUGGACCUAGCCUGCUUUUCAUAUUUGGCCUAGCUGUUAUUUAGCCUGGUUGUGAGUAUGGUAUAAUCUAGUUGGCUAUAACCUUAGCCUUACACUAAUAUAGCCAGGUUGUGUAAUGUUGUAGCUGUAAAUUUAUCUUGGAUUGUAGCCUGGUUAUAAAUGAACCCAGGUGAAUUCUAGCUUGGCUGUAAUUUAAUUCUGUUGAACUUCAGUCUUAUUGGCUGUUAGCCUGCCAACUAACUUACCCUGGUUAUAAUCUAGCCAACUGUAAUUUAGCCUAGUUUCUAACCUAGCCUGGUGAGUAUUUAGCCUAGUUUGUUUAGCCCUGGUUUCAUGUAGUGUGGAUGUUAUCCUGCCUAGCUGUAAUUUAGUCUGGUUUUAAUCCAGCGAGGUAUAAUUUACUGUAGCCUGGCUGCAGCUUUAAAUGAUCUUGGCUGAAAUCUAUCUUUAGUGUAAAUUGGCCUGGUUGCAGAUUAUUUUAGUUUAGAUUUAGCCCAAAUAAAAUUUGCCUGGUUGUGACUAGCAUGGUAUAAUCUAGUGGGCUAUAACCUUACCCUUGCUCUAAUAUAGCCUGGUUGUAAUUUUAACUUUGGUUGUCUAGCCCUGGUUUUCAUUUGGAGUGGAUGUUAUCUUGCCUAGCUGUAAAUUAGCCUGGUUGUGAAUUAGCCUGGUUGGGACCUAUCUUGGUGGUAAUUUAGCUGUUAGUAAGACGUAACCUAUUUUUAGCAGUAAUUUAGCUUGUUUAUGAUUCAGCAUGGUUAUAAGUUAGCUAGUCUGGCUGUGACUGCUGGUGACUCGGCCUGGUUAUAAUAUAUUCUGGUUGUAACUUUCCCAGUUUACAGGGGAGCCUGUCUUAAUUUAGCCAGGUUGUACCUCAUUAGAGAAUUUAGCAUUUAGACUUAGCCUCAUUAUAAGUUGGUAAGGGUGACACAUAUCCUGAUCAUUAGCUUUAAUUAGCCACAGAUAUACAUAUCAGCACAAUGGAUCCAGACCGAGAAGAGGCUGAGGUGUUUUCAGACACAGAAGACCCGAGCCCCCUGAGACCAGAGGAGGAAGAGGAGGAGGAAGAGGAGGAGGAGGAGGAGGAAGAGGAUGCCAUGAUCUUCAACACCUGGAUGCUGCAGUACAGAGGGGGCAAACAGCAGGAGAAAAUCGGAGAAGAGGAGGAGGAGGAGGAGGAAGGGGAGGCAGGGGGAGGAAGAGCUGAAAGCAGAAGCAGUUUAGUAACGCCGGUCCGAAUGAGGACCGACCGUCGGGCAUCGCUGCCGUGUCAGACUACUCUCUCUGCCAUGCAGCUGUCUCGACUCCACUCGUCCACCCGGGCUCCAGUGACGGCGAGGGUCCUGCUGCGACGCUCCUCCUCCCGCCGCCUCCUGUCCUCGCCGCAGGAGGCCGCCGCUCCUGUCACCAUUCCCACCGGUGAGAGAAGACCCUCCCUCAUACCCACAAUCCCAGAGGCAACAGUACACGAGAGGAGAGGCCAGUUCAGGAGACGCAACGUCAUGUCACUGAGCGAUGCAGACCGUGUGUGUCUGAUCUGUCACAACGACUUAAACCGAGGAACCGGCGGCACCAGGGAGCUGCAGUGCACACACACCUUCCACAAAGAGUGUAUAGAAGAGUGGCUGUGGAGAAAACAGUCCUGUCCUACGUGUCAUGUUCAGGUGUCCAUGCCACAGCCCGUCCACUGGAGCUCCGCCAGAGUCAAAGUCCCCUAAGACCACCAGUCAGGGAGGCUGACGUCAGUAAACAUCCAGCAUCACACCCCCAGUGACAUCAAGGUCCCUGAAGACUUCCUGUAGUGGACUGUGACUGCUCCUAAAACCAACAGGGAGAGGAUACUGACAUAUAACGAUAAGGAGAGGACAGUGACAUCACCAGGAGAGGACAGUGACAUCACCAGGAGAGGACAGUGACAUCAUCCAAACACACUGAAACAUUCAGAUAAGUCGUGAGAAGAGGAGACAAGGAGAGUGGAUUAGUCAGGUUAAAUUAAAAGGGACCAAACACAAGCAAUAAACAGCCUGAUCCAUUUUCUCUGAAUCCAUCGGAGUCAAUGGAUCUGAACUCUGGGACAUAUAAUGGGACAGAUAACACAAACAUACACUGGGCAGCAGUAGAUACCUACAUACAGUAAAUGGCCAGUUGUGAAGCUAACGUACAACCACAGUAACCUCACUCGUGUGUGUGUGAGUGUGUGACAUUACAAGUGUUUUGGGUAGAAACAUAAACUGACACUGUUGAGCAGCGUUGUGAUGAUUUUUGAAUAAAGUUUGAUU